UAUAAAAAAAAUUGACCUUGAACUAAGAGUUUGGCCUUUUUUUGGAAAAACAACUCUUUUCAUGAUUUUUUAAUACAAAUGUAGUUUGUAUAGGGCUUUCACAUGUGCAUUUCUCAUGACAAGGCCUUCCACUGGGUACCUUUAAUUUGACCUCUUGACCUUGGAGUUUGAUCUUCAUAUAAAGACUUUAACCUUGGCCAUAUCUUUUGAACGGUAGCUGAUUGGGUUUUUAUAUUUCACAGGUAUAUUAUAGUUUACAGCUAAGUGUAAAGUUUCACGUUAGGUCACGAUCUAGUUGACAGCUGCGCUCAAGGUAAAUUGUACACGCCUCCUAACCGCAAGCUUUACGACUGGAACUUUCUUCUUAUCCCUGAUUGGUUGCUAGUGCAACAGACUAUUUCCGUGUCAAUGAUGAUAAUCUAAAUUGACCAAUCGCGUGAUUUGUUUCCGCUGGAUGCAUCUGACUAAAAGGAUCGUGACGUAACGUAAAACUUUACACUUAACUGCAAACUAUAAUAUUCACUGAGACAAGUCCUUUCUUUGUGAAACAAUAAUCAUAUCUCUUGACCUUGGAGUUUGACUUGUAUUUGAAAAAAAUUUAACCUUCGCCAAAAGCUGUCAUACGUAGGCAUCAGUAUUUCACAAAUACAUCUUGUUUGUGUCAUGUUAUGAUUUUACAUAAAAAUAAUAAUCCUAUAAUUUUUCAUAUGUAAAAUUUUAAGUGUACGGCAAUGCCCUUUCAUAUUUGAAUUGAUAAAUUUUAGUCUCUUUAUCUGAACAACCAAAUUGCAAUGUGACUACUAUCAUUACACGUAUUUAUGAAAAUCUACAUUUAAAACAUUCCAUAUACAUAAAGUGUUAAUUUCUGGAGGAAAGAAAAUUUGAAUUCAUCAAACCGACAAUCAAUUAUGUUCAGAUACAUGUGUAUAUAAAUAUCCAUAGUAUACAUUGUUUUUGUGUUUAUUAUUCGUACGAUUGAUAGAACCCACAUUUUCCUCCUGCAAUAGUGUUAUACUGUAAAUAAAACUGUAUUUUCGCUUCUUCUGUUUAUAAAUUUCCCUUUCCAUCAGGAGAUAAAAACCGAGAUAGUGUGGCUACAGGUUCACCAAAUAGUCAGUGAGCGAAUAACAGGGUCUGAAUUAACGUUUUCCAAAGCUAAACAUAAUGAUUUGUCUUAAAGCUCUUGUCACUUUGUGGAUUUACAUUAAAGUGUCAAAGUCGGAAUAUUCUACUGUCGAUGAGCUUUAUCUACGACAAACUGCCAAUUUACAGGACGUUUUGCUCAAAGGAAAGGAUGAAAGUUCAAGUUACAGAAAAAACGUUCCGCCUUCAAUAAUGGUAACCAUUGGACUUUAUUUUGAAUUGUUGAGCCUCAAUGAAUUUGAUGAGAUUCGAGGUCGAUUUGAAUGUAACGGUAUGCUUCGAUUAAAUUAUCCUGGGAUCCACUGAAGUUUAAUAACACGAUGCUGACACCGUUUACGUCAUCAGAAGUGUGGAAGCCCCAAAUAUCACUUUUGAAUACUUUCUCGAAAUUCAUCAUCAUCAAUGACAGAAAGGAAGAAUUUGUCAUUUGGUACACAAAUGACGGAACUGCUAAUCUGCUUAUCGCUGGAGUGUUUGACGUGACGUGUGAUCCGAACGUAAAAUACUUCCCAUUCGAUUUCCAUGAAUGUGUUCUUCUAUUCAUUCCAUUUGAAAAUUUUCUCUUUCCGGAGUAUGCCUCGCCAUUUACGAUAGUUAUCAUGGAGGACCCCAUCAUCAAAGACAACUUUGAGGAAAGAGAUGACGACGGAAAAUGGACCUACCGGACAAAGAAACCGUGCAUAGUCAAAAUACCAAACCGGGAACUGUAUGCUGUGGCAUUUCCUGUCACAAUACAUCGACGAUCAACCUUUGCCCUCGUCAAUAUCAUUCUUCCAGUGAUGAUGCUUGGGUUUCUUAACCUAACCGUUUUCUUCCAGCCCGUCCAGGCAGGGGAAAGAGUUUCUUUCUCAAUAACAGUCCUCCUGUCUUUCACAGUAUUUAUGGUUUAUAUAGGGGAGAUAAUUCCUGAAACUUCAAACCCAAUGCCGUUGCUAAGUUACGUACUUGUUUUUAAACUGGGAUGUAGCACCUGUAUAGUAAUAGCCGUUACUAUAGUGACGCGUCUUUUCCACAGAGAGAAAAGAAAGGUGUCGCCAUGUGUACAGAAAAUUGUGUCUAAGUUUUUGAAUAUGGGUUCAUCUUUUUCUUGCCAAAAAAGAGAUGGGGAUUUGUCAAACAUAACAGACAGACAAAAUGCCUCAUGUGACGAUGACCGUGAAAGUUGUGACGUGACACAAAGUCUCGAGGAACCAAAAGACGAUUGGGGCAGAAUGUGUUUGGCUCUAGACAAGCUCUUUUUCUUAUUCUUCCUUAUCCUUCUGUUAAUGGAAUCCGUCUCUUACGUCAUAGCUUAUCUUGUGUUGUCAGGAAUGAGAAUAGACAAAGAUAUGACCUCACAGACGUGUACCAGUGGAAUUGAAUGAUUUGUAGUAAAUGUAUUCUUUGGGUGCUUCAUACAAUCAUGCACAGUACAUUUAGAAUGUUUUACCUUCAACCAGGAACACAAACUUUUGAAAAUUUUAUUUGUUUAAGCAAUUCUUAAAAUGACGCUGAAUUUAAUAAUGAUCCAAAGAUAGAAUGAGGUCUUUGAAAUCUUCUAAAUACAUGUACAUGUACAAGGAGCUUCCUAAAAAUGACAUAAUUAAACAAUCUGAAAGACAUCCCCAAUGCUUGUCCUAUGUACCAAUGCUUAGUCUUUCUGCAAUGAAACUGACUUCGAAGUUUUCUGUAAUAAUUUGCAAUGAUAUACUAUAUAUAUUUUAUUUACACAAAAUUCUAAGGCCAUAGAGGAAGCAAAACAAAAUCAUACAUUCUUCAGAUGCCUGAAAAUCUAUAUAUUUUUUAAAUGAUUUUUUAACAAUUGAAAAAUACACAUGAUAUAGUAAUCUACAUCCCUACAUUAUAUUUAGGGUGAGUUAAAUGCAGCACUUCAAUAGAAUCUGCGUACGUACAUGUAUACAUUGUAUAUGUAGUCACAGGACACGUCAAUUAAUUUUUAAAUAAAAUCAAGAUGCUUGAAGAAGUGUUGUUCUACCUAACAAGUUUAUAUGCUACAUUUAUGAUUUAAAUAUAAGGGUAACA